AUGGCUCCUUCCAUCAACGAGAUCCCCAUCAGUGACUCUCCCUCGGCCUGCCGAGUAGGCAUCAACGGGUUUGGACGCAUCGGCCGCAAUGUCCUCCGCGUCGCACUCGCCCGAAACGACAUUCAGAUCGUGGCCAUCAACCACACGUGCACGUCUGUCCAAGACCUCAUCUACCUGAUCCGCUACGACUCGUCCAUGGGCAAGCUCUCGCCGGAUAUCCCCAUCCACGCAAUCUCCGAAACACAGAUCUCCGUCAACGGCCGGCCAAUCGCGCUCACGUCGGAACGUGACCUGAAGAAGCUCAACUGGGCGGCGCUGGGCGCAGAGUACGUGGUCGAAUGCACCGGCAAGUUCACCAAGCGGGAGCUCGCCCAGGACCAUAUCACAUACGGGGGCGCCAAGCGAGUGGUCAUCUCGGCCCCGAGCUCAGAUUCGCCAACGUACGUGUACGGAGUCAACGCGGACGAGUACCGGGCAAACGAGGAAACACGCGUGAUCUCGUGUGCCAGCUGUACAACCAACUGCGUGACACCGGUGCUCAAAGUGCUCCAGCGGGAGUUUGGCAUCGCGCAGGGGUUCUUGACCACGGUCCAUGCCGCCACGAAAUCGCAGACGGUCCUGGACGGAUACAGCAAGAAGAACCGACGGCUAGGCCGCAGCGUUUUCGACAAUAUCAUCCCGACAACAACGGGUGCUGCCAAGGCGAUCGCAUCAGUGCUGCCUGAACUGACAGGCAAGGUAACGGGAGCCUCGAUCCGCGUGCCAACCCCCAAUGUCUCGUUGAUUGAUUUGACCGUCAGCACCGAGACGCCCACCUCGCUAGCCGAGAUACUAGCGGCGUUUCGGCGCGCGGCCAAGAACGAGCUGGCUGGCGUGCUGAGCGUAAGCGACGAGGUGCUGGUGAGCAGCGACUAUCUGGGCGACUCGCAUAGUGCGAUCGUAGACGCCGCUGCGUGUAGCGAGCUGAACCCGACCUUUUUCAAGAUCAUGGCCUGGUAUGACAACGAAUGGGGGUAUUCCAGCCGACUUUUGGAUCUGACGAGACAUAUUGCGCAUAAUGAGUAAACGAAUCGAUCGAAUCGAUAGAGUCGAUAGAGUCGAUAGAGUCGAUAGAUUACGAUAGAAUAAUGGUAAUAGAGUAGACUAAUAGACCC